AAGGCCUGCGCUCUUUUUUUUAACCAAUAUUACAGGAUUAUUUUUUUAUUUUGUAAAGCUUUUUCUCUCUCACCCCCAUAGAUUAAACGAGGACACGCUGCUGGCUUGGUGUAUGUGUUUAGAAUGGGACACGCUGCAGGUCCAGUCAAAGAAAAAGACAGUUAAGGAUGCAGGAGCCCAACAAUGGAUUUCUCCUUCUCUUUCAUGCAAGGGAUCAUGGGAAAUACAAUUCAGCAACCCCCUCAGCUCAUUGACUCCGCCAACAUCAGACAGGAAGGGACCUGCGACACCGGCAGUGACCCGGGCGAGGAUGGUGGUCCCUCCUACGAUGCUGCCCUGGAUGCGGAGUUUUCUUACCCGCCAUCAGCCUCGGAGGACAUGCCGCAGGUCUCCAACGGCUACCCGCCGGGACUCGGCAUGUACGAGCCGCAGGCCAAGUUCUCCAUGUACUCGCAGUUCCCCAAUGGCUCAGCUAACGGCUACGGGGCCAUACGGAGCUACAGCGAGCAUGGCCUCAUGCCGGGGGAGGGGACGGUCCUGAGAGGCCCAGGCCUCCAGGAAAGACCCUUAUCCCCUGUGUCGCCACCGCUGCCCACGCAUCACCCUCACCUCCACCACCACCAUCACCACCCGCACCACCACCACCAAGCACAUCUCUUCCACUCAAACCCGUCUCACAUACAAACCCACCCGCACCCACAGAGCCCUCCACCGCCUCCCUCCCAGCACCACAUGCCCCAGACGCCUCACAUCAUGACCCACACUCUCCCGCCUCCUCCGCCAUUACACUUGCCCUCCUCCAGCCCUCCGCCCUCCCUCGUGGACAGCACACCUUCUUCUCAGCCCUCACACACCCCGUCCAACACCCCCAGUGGGGUGCUGAAGAAAACCAGCUCUCCAGAGAUCAAGCUGAAGAUCAUCAAGACGUAUCAGAACGGCAAAGAGCUGUUUGAAUCUGCUCUGUGUGGAGACUUGCUGCAAGAACUGCAGAAGGAGUCUCAGAAGAACGAGGCCACUCCAAUGCAGCGCAGACAUGAGAGGAAGAAGGAGAAGAGGAAAAAGAGUGCAAGACUGCAGCUUCAGGUCCAGGGACAGAGCUUGGACCAGGUCCAAACUCAGGCAGGUACCACGGGUCAGGAGGAGGACACCCAUUUCCAGCAGCAGCUCAGAGAGACACCCGCGGCCCCGGCAGAGAAACCCCAGAAGACCGUCAUCAAAACCGAACCAAAGACGCCAAAGGUUCCGAAGGUCCAUCACCCUUCAGUGAUCCAAGAGACGGGCUUCUGUAAGGAGUUUGUGAUAGGAGAUCUGGUGUGGUCGAAGGUGGGCACAUACCCAUGGUGGCCCUGCAUGGUCUCCUCUGACCCGCAGAUGAAUGUCCACACGCGCAUCAACACCAGAGGUCACAGGGAGUAUCACGUCCAGUUUUUUGGCAGUGUGGCGGAGCGAGCAUGGAUCCACGAGAAAAGGAUAGUCAUGUACCAGGGGAAGCUACAGUUUGAUGAGCUUCAGGCUGAAACUCUGCGCAAGGCCUCAAACCCUGUCGAAAAACACAAACUUCUGAAACCCAUCCCUCAAAGGGAGCGUUCUCAGUGGGAAGUGGGUGUGGGCCACGCCGAGGACGCCUUCGUGAUGUCGCGGCAGGAGCGCAUUGACAACUACACCUUCAUUUACGUUGAUCCAGACCCUCGUGAGGGCCCUUCAGCCAAGAAACCCACCAUCAGAGCGGAGAAAAGAAACCGGCGUUCUAGCGGCUCAACCACCAAGAAGGAGGACGGAGGAGUGAAGUCACCAGACAGAGAACAGCCACCACGAAGGCUGCUACCACGUAGGCAGUGUAGUAUUUCAAAUACAGACGACAACACGAACUCCCAGGCAUCAAACGAGGAGAAGAACCAGAGGGGGGACGCGAGUAAAAUUGGUUCCCCUAAACAGAAUGCUGGUUCUGAUGCACGAGCACGGCAGGAUUCCCCACCACCGGUCAGAGCGUGGAAAACUGCAGCAGCAAGAAAGCUGCUGCCUCUCUCCAUCACCAUGAAGAGGCUCAAUGUGGAGAUCACAAAGUGUGACUGGCCUCUGCUGCAGAAGAAAGCAGCUGCCUCUCCGAAAAAAGAAGAGGAGAAAGAGGAGAGAGUGGAGAGAGAGGCCAGGCAGCCCGACCUGGGAUACUGCUCACCUGAGGACAGCAGGGCUAAACCGGAACCCAGUCCAGAGGAGGAAGAAGACGGGGAUGAGGCAGAGGAAGAGGGAGAGGAGAGGAGAGAAUCCCCCGCCAGUCGGAGAAGUGAGGAGGGAGGAAUGCAGCAGACCUCCUCUCCCAGCUCACACCACAGUAGUCCACAAGGUUCUCAGGAGAGGAAGCUACAGCGGCGGUCAGUCAGGAGCAGGUCUGAGUCAGAGAGAGGCAACGAUCCCGUCCCUAAGAAGAAAACCAAAAAGGAACAGGCGGAGAUGGCUCCUGAAACCACACUGAGGACAGGCUCACAGAAAGGUGCCAGUGAGAUCUCAGAUGCCUGCAAGCCACUGAAGAAGCGAAGUAGAGCAUCAACAGAUGUAGAGAUGGCUUCAUCUCAGUAUAGGGACACCUCUGAUUCUGACUCAAGAGGCCUCAACGACCCGCAGGGUUUAUUUGGGAAGAGUCUUGAUAGUCCAGCAGCUGCUGAUGCAGACGCUUCAGAUACUCAGUCUGUGGAUUCUGGUUUGUCUCGUCAGGACAGCAGCACGGGGAAGAGGGACACUGUCUGCCAGAUCUGUGAGGUGUAUGGAGAGGGUUUGGUGGUGUGUGAAGGAGACUGCAGCAGACAGUUUCACCUAGAGUGUCUCGGUCUGACGUCCCUACCUGAAGGCAGGUUCACCUGUCUGGAAUGCAGAAAUGGCAAUCAUCCGUGUUUCAGCUGUAAAACAGAGGGGCGGGAGGUGACGCGCUGCUCUGUGUCUGGAUGUGGCUGUUACUACCACGAGGAUUGUGUCCGUAAACUCCCGGGAACCACCAGCAAUUCGGGCGGAGGCUUCAGCUGCCCUCAGCACAGCUGCUCUACCUGCUGCCUGGAGAGAGACGUGCAGCGAGCCAGCAAAGGUCGUCUGAUGCGUUGUAUCCGCUGUCCGGUGGCCUAUCACACGGGAGACGGCUGUGUGGCGGCGGGCAGCGUCGUCCUCACCCAUCACAUCAUGAUCUGCAGCAGCCAUGGCAGCACCAAGAGGAACGGCCUCCUCACCUCGCCCGUCAAUGUGGGCUGGUGCUUCCUGUGUGCCAGAGGGCUGUUAGUGCAAGACCUUACUGACACCAUAUUAAGUUCAUAUGCCUAUAAGUCCCACUACCUUCUGACUGAGUCAAAUCGUGCUGAGUUGAAAUUACCUAUGAUUCCCUCUCCUUCGUCAGCUACCAAAAAGAAUGUUGGGAAAGGAGGCAAGUUGCUGUGCUGCGACUCAUGCCCAGCUUCCUUCCACCCGGAGUGUCUGGAGAUGGAGAUGCCGGAGGGGGCGUGGUCCUGCAGUGAUUGCAGGGCAGGGAAGAAACCUCACUACAAACAAAUUGUCUGGGUCAAACUGGGUAACUACAGAUGGUGGCCAGCAGAGAUCUGCAACCCUCGCUUGGUGCCAUCCAACAUUCAGAGCCUUCGCCACGACAUCGGUGACUUCCCCGUCUUCUUCUUCGGUUCCCACGACUACUACUGGAUCAACCAGGGCCGCGUCUUCCCCUACGUUGAAAAUGACAAGAACUUUGUCACGGGUCAGAUCAACAUCAACAAAACCUUCAAGAAAGCUCUGGAGGAAGCAGCCCGGCGGUUCCAGGAGCUCAAGGCUCAGAGGGAGAGCAGGGAGGCUCUGGAGCAGGAACGAAACUCUCGCAAACCUCCGCCCUACAAAUUCAUCAAAUCCAACAAACCUGUGGGGAAAGUGCAGGUGCAUGUUGCUGACUUGUCAGAAAUCCCACGAUGCAACUGCAGACCAACAGACGAGCAUCCCUGCAGCCUCGACUCACAGUGUCUCAACCGCAUGCUGCAGUACGAGUGUCAUCCACAGGUGUGUCCUGCAGGAGACAACUGUGAGAAUCAGUGUUUCUCCAAACGGCUGUAUGCAGAGACAGAGGUGAUAAAGACAGAGGGACGUGGCUGGGGCCUCAGGACAAACCAGGUUCUGAGGAAGGGCGACUUUGUGACUGAAUAUGUAGGAGAAGUUAUUGACUCAGAGGAGUGCCAGCAACGAAUCAAACGCGCCCACGAGAAUCACGUGGCCAACUUCUACAUGCUCACCCUCACCAAGGAUCGUGUGAUCGACGCCGGCCCAAAAGGAAAUUCAUCCCGGUUCAUGAACCACAGCUGCAGCCCCAACUGUGAAACCCAGAAGUGGACAGUUAACGGAGACGUUCGCAUCGGACUCUUCACCCUCUGCGAUAUCGAGGCUGGCACCGAGCUGACGUUUAACUACAACCUGCACUGUGUGGGCAACAGGAGAACGUCGUGUCACUGUGGAUCAGAUAACUGCUCUGGGUUCCUCGGGGUGCAGCCGACAAGUGCCGUGGUGAUGGAGAAAGAGGAGAAGGCCAGGAACGCUAAGCUGAAGCCCAAGAAGCGAAAGCUGCGGCCGGAGGGCAAACAUGCACAUGAGUACUUCUGUUUCUGCUGCGGAGAGGGUGGAGAGCUGGUGAUGUGUGAUAGGAAGGACUGUCCGAAAGCGUACCAUCUGCUGUGUCUCAACCUCACCAAGCCGCCAUACGGACGCUGGGAAUGUCCGUGGCAUGACUGCAGUAUUUGUGGCUCCCCGGCCUCGUCUUUCUGUGACUUCUGCCCUCGCUCGUUCUGUCGGGAUCACGAGACGGGGGCGCUCACCGCCUCCUCGCUCGAGGGCCGCCCCUGUUGCUCCAGUCACAACCCUCUCAGCCCCCUGGACUCCGACCCCAGCUCGACUCAGCUGCGCCACCUCGCUCUGAGCCCCGUCACGGUCAAAGAGGAGCCCGAGACGGAUCCGGGCCAGCCGGCAUCAGAGUGACGCAGCAGCUCCCUCAAUACCUCAUUCCCUGUAAAGUACACUCCUGUUGGCCAGAGUCUCCCUGGGCUCCAGUCCACCUCUGAUCCGAAGCGGUGCACUACGAAAGGGAAUUCAGUGCUUUUGACCAGCGUGAUGGCCACUCUGCAGAGUCGAAACACUCUGAUGAACACCUCGAUGACGCUUGUGGAGAAAGCAGAGCGAUUGGGGUGUUAGCAGGGGAAGUGACCAGGCAUCAUUGUGCACCGUUUCCCUCCUCUCUUGCCAUAAACGCCACUACUAACACUCUCUACAGCUCGCCUGUGCCCCCUGAAGGGCCCAGACCACCACCUCAUUUUGUUUCUUUUUUAAUUUUUACAGCUGUGGAAAUUUUUAAGUGUUGUCACAUUGUUAGUUACCGGCACUUUGAAGAACUCAACGAGUGAGGUGGAGGGAGAGGUAGAGAGAGGAAGGAGAGGAGGUGUGAGGCUGAACCUCUCCACCUCGCUGCUCCUCUCUCGGUUUACCUGCUGUACGCUGUGGUCGGCAUCUGUCACUUACACACACACACACACACACACACACACACACACACACACACACACACACACACACACACACACACACACCUCUAAAGCCGAUCAUCACUCCUGACGUGAUCCGUCAUGGUAUUUAUCUCUUCUUCUCUGAGAAAAAGGAGAGAGGGGGGGAAAUGACCGAUUUUUGUGCAAUUUUUUUCAGGACCACACUACAUUCCAACCUUCCUUAAACAUGGUUUUAAUAUACUUAUGGGUAUAGAUGAAUAUAAUUAUAUACGUAUCUAUGUUUGUUAAUGUUUACAGACAGAUUCUCUCACUUCAUCUCAGUGAGUGGUGUAUUAUGUUUGUUUGUUUAGGUGUUAAGCAUUACGCAGACCUCCUUGUGAAAAUAGUCCUAUUAAGGUGAAAUACUGUAUAAUGGUAUAUAGUGUAAUGGUAUGACAUUACAGAAGUACUUGUGGUUUUCAUAUUGCCAGUCUCACUUGCCAUUGUGUACAUAAUUGGCUCAUUAUAUUGUAAAGUACAGAUGAGGAGGGAUGCAGCCUCGCCUCUCCAGUUGUUCCUGGAGGAAGGAAACGCUUUUUUUUUUUUUUUUUAAACAACAAGACAGGUCCUUUUAAUUUUUUCCUCUUUUUUUCAGUAAUGUUCUGUUCUGCAUUUUCCUCUGAAGCGUUACUGUCACUCGUAUUGUAGACAGAGGGGCCCAGCUUUUUGCGAGCACUGGCACUGUCUUAAAGUAUUGUUAAUCAGCCUUACGGGAUCACCUCAAGUUGGAUUCUGGCUGUAGGAGCUACUGCCCAGACGCAGUUGGCUGUUGUUGUUUUUUUGUAAAUUUUCCUUUUUUUUGGCCAACUUUUUUCUGAAAAGCACUUUCACACGCCUUGUCGCUAAACAAUUUUAGCUAGGUCAUACAUAUACAGAAAUGUAUACUGAAAGAACAUAUGACAAGUGUUUCAAAAUGGAUACCUCUUCUUCUUGUAGGCGGAAUAUAAACUGUGUUGUAACUUUUUCUUUUUUUCCCCCUCUUGGUCAGAAACCUGGUGAAAGCUGGGCGUUGUUUUUUGUUUGUUUGUUUGUUUGUUUGUUUGGGUUUUUUUUGAGGGAAGUGGCCUGAAAGCUGUGUUGUUUGUUUUUGGCACAAGUAGGAAUAACUGCCAGGCCGGCCUGUUUGCCUCUUCUGUUACAGUAAAGCCCUCCAGCAGCGUGUGACAGAGGCACCACUUCCUUUUCCACCAGGAGAUCAUCUACUAGGCUGGGCUUUAUUAUAAAGGACAUAAUGGUGUACACAGCAGUCCAGUCCAGUAUAAAUGUACGAAUACAAAAACUUCUGUACAGUGUUUUUAAUCGCUCAUCUGUCAAAUUCAAACUUUUUUGUAUUUAUUGCACCACAUUUUAUACCAAUUUCUUUUUCAAACACCAGUGCAGUAAUUUUUCUCCCUCCCCACUGAGGUGUAAGUGAAAUAGACUAUUUAAAAUAAAAGGGGAGUUUUACAUAAUAUAUCUGUAUCUAGUCAUUGCAUUUUUUCUUUUUCUUUUUUACAUUGGUGUAAUGAUUCCACAUUCGGUAACAGCCGCUGCUCAUUGACCUGUUUCGUGACUCACUGUAAUUGGUGUUAAAAGCGGUGUAAAGCAGUUCAAUAUAUGGAAUGUGAAGAUCCCGUUUCAGAGAGGUUUUGUGCUGUUUUAGCCUGGACUCAGAAGUACUCAUCACAGGAGGAAGCUUAUCUGUAAACCAUGCCUCAGCCUUUCUUGUUUUUUUUUUUUUGCUUGUGUUACAUGACUUUUUGUUUGCCCCUUUUUUUUGUUUGUUUGUUUGUUUGUGUUUGUUUUUUGAAAUCCUCCCGAGGUGGUCAGUGCAAAAUGUCGGACCACAGGGUGAAACGUUGCCAAUUUGUCCAAAUCAUUUCUGUUUAUUAAGAGUAAUCUAAUCUUAAAGAAAUCAGACUAAAGAAAGAAGAAGAAGCCGUUGAAUGCAGAAAGGUUAAUAUGCUCUGUGUGUUUUUUUUCUAUGACGUUGAUGCCUGUACUUGUGCACAUAUUCAGCAUAUUAGAUUUUACUCCCUUUGUUCUGCGUUUAACGGCUCUCCUCCAGUUUUCUUUCUAUUAUCACCGACUCAUUUGGGAAGCCUUUUUCUACUCAUGAAUUCCUGAAAAAAAGUUCACUAAUUUUCCUUGUGCAACUAAGCACAACUAAGCUCCCAAAUCUGCCAAACUCCAUACAUUCAGAGACGUAUUUUUUAUUCAGUAGUUAGUCAUAGGAUUUAGGCUACUUCAGUACUUGUUCAUUAUUAGCUCGAUGCAUCAUUAAGACACUUCUUUUAGCACUCGGUCUGCGUAUUAACUUGAACUUUUUUUAAUUUAUUAACAUAUUAUUUUUUUACACAGCGUUCAUACAUGUGUGAUUAUCAGACUGCAGGAGUCUUUGAGUCAGAAAUGUCUGAGUGAUGGUCUUAAAGCUUUUUUUUUUUUUUUCAAGGUGACUGUUGAUCAGCUGAUGCAUGCUCACCACUUUAACCCACUUCUGUAAUCAGAAAGUCUUUAACUGCCUAAUUUUAAUGCCAACACUAUUAAAAAAAAAAAUUGUGUUCCUUUAUGUUUUAACCACAUUGCACAGAGAUUCUGCAUAACCAUUCAACGCCUUUAUUAUUAUUAUUUUUUAUUUUUUUUAUGCACCUGCAGAUCGAGUGAUCAUAAAUUACGUUGUGCCAGUUUUGUCUUCUGUCCUCUCUCUCAGCUGACACAGCAGCAGUAUUAUAAAUGCCUAAUUUAUGUGUCCCAAACAUGCAUUUCAUUUGCUUAAAAAACUAAUCUGAUGUGUAUGUUUUGUUGGUUUAUUCUUCGUGUAGUGCCCUUUUUUUUGUUUCUGAGAAGACAGCAUGUUUAUUUUUCAUUUAAGUGACCCUUAAACAAGCCUGAAGAGGAUUUUUUUUUCUUCUUCCAAGUGUCCAGGAAUUUGUUUUUAGAAUGGAUCACCCCUGUUGUACGACAAAGGGUUUUUUUCAGUUCACUGUGACGUCUUCAGUUUUAUUUUUUUUUUGUGCAAUGUUGCUGACUGUCAAUAAGUUUCUGAAUGACAUGCUGUCAGAGGAAAAAUAGUGUUGGAAUAAUAAAUAAACUCACCUUCAUGAGCACUCAUCUCUUUUUACUUGUAGUAAAAUUGCUUACAGAAACUUUAACUGGGGUCAUAUCUAUCUCUCUUGGUGUUGCUUCAAUUAAAACGUGGAUGAACACACAAGUACCAUGUUGAUUACUGUUCAACCUGUGUUACUGCAUAACUGCAUAUUGCUGAAGAACUUGUACAUAGUUUGCAUUGAACUUGCAUAGACUCAUGUUACUGUGGCGUGCUCUUUCUUGCCUGUACAAUUCUGCUUAUAAAUGUGUGUGACUGUUGAGACGACACUCUUUUUGUACAUGGCUGUCUUUUUAUUUGAGAAUAUUGAUUCUGUCCUUUUUCAUUCUAAAGUUGAGUUUGAAGAGUUCAGACAUGCCUGAAGUUUGACUUUAAUAAAGCUGUACUCUGUCUCAGUGAAACUCUCUCAAUGAAUGUUUUAUUUAUGUUUUAAUAUAUUUGGUGAAAUAUUGAUUUCUGUUUAAAUGAUUGCGAUACAAAGACUUUUAAA